AUGUCUCAGAAGUUUUGGCCUCAGAUAGAAAUGGAGGUUCGGCGCUACAGGGCAGGCCGCCGGCUGAAUCUGUAUUCGUACACCCCCGUUGAUCCCCACGGAACCACAAAGUACUUGCUGAAUAAUUUGCCGGAUGACCUCACACCUGGUUGGGUCCGUGGCUUUGAUCCGACCAAUCUACCUCCGACUCCAGAUCUUAUCCUUGAGGUCUUCGAGGGCCUGUCAUGGGGCAUCAAGAAGUGCAAUCAGAUCACCGCAUGCAGGAUUGUGAUGAAUCUCGAGAACCACCAUGACCCCAGUGUCCAGGGUCCUCGCGAGAGUCAGCAGUGGCCCGACCUCGUUGUCUGCAAGGCGUUUGACCCCCCCUUCUACCCAAUCCUGGGGGGUCGUGGUGUGGAUAAGGCAGCGGAGGCGGCGCUGAGCAGAGAGGCUGGAGCCUAUCGAUACCUCUACUCAAACAACAUGACCGGCUUCCCUCACCCGACGCCCGAGUUUUAUGGUACAUAUGUCGCAGUGUUCGACCUUGGAUUUGAAGACGAUGACCUCAUCGACCUUGGACUUGAGGACAAGCACCAAGCCUACAGGUGCGUUCCGGUCAUUCUCAUGGAGCAUGUCGAAGGCUUCUCAAUGGAGAACCUACGCACCCGUCAUGACACCACGCAUGAGCUCGUCCCCCGCAACCUGCUCCCCAUCUUUCACUACGAUGCCAACGGUAGUCCAGUCACCCUUGCACUUCACAAGCAGAACAGAAAGGAGGUCAUGAGACAAGUGCUUGAUGGCUUGGUCAAGAUGUUGCACGUGGGCUUGGAGUUUGGGGGCCAUUGA